GAUAUUUUUCAAACUUUAAAUGUUUGUUUUAAAUGUUUAUUUAUUAUUAACAAGAACGUUAUAUCUACCGAUCUUUAGUUACUGAGCUUCAGUUGCCAGUCGUUUAGUUGCCUUAUCCGUCAGAGUGCCUAGAAGCUAAUUGAAUUCAAUUUAUUUUAUUUAAUUCUUAUCGGAAGACGAUUUCUCAAUAUUCUGAAGUGAUGGCUGGAGCAGUGGUAGACAAGACAGAAUCAAUGCGAGCGUGGUUUCGAGGUAGUGUGCAAAAUAUUAUAAAUAGAAAGAGAGAACGAGACUAUCCCAACACGUUUAAUGAAUGGCGUACGUAUCUAAAUGACAAAGGAAUAGAAAUCUCACCUGUGAGACGUCGCUAUUUUGGCCGCACAACAAAAAUUAGAAACGCCAUAACAGAGUAUAUGAAUAAUCCGGAAAAUAUCUCGAGUAUCUGUGCAAGAUAUAAGAUUAAGCCUAAUCUAUUGUGUCAAGAAACAGAAUAUUAUCGUCAAACUGAACGUAUGAUUUACCCAUACGAAUACGUUCCGAGUACGUAUUUUCUCCUGGGAAAGAUAUUUUCAUGUGGAGAAGGAUUAGCGUUGGUGGAUAUCCUGGCAUCAGUUCCCGUACCAAAUUGCAGAUGCCUAGAUUGCUCGCGGAGGCGGCUACCGAUUUUGGCUUAUGAAAUGGCCCGAAUUAUCAGUAGAAUAAAAGGAGUACAAUAUCCGCCCACUUGGGAUUUAAGUCGCCAAGCGGGACCAGAAUGGUCCCAAAACUUUCAAGAAGAUCACUAUCGUGAAUUAUACAAAUUAGGCCCAUGCACGAAUCCUAUCGAUCAGUUUUAA